AUGUUUCAAUUUCUCCAUUUUCAAUUUUCCAAUGUUUCGUUUUGCGUUUUUUCAAUUUUUCUCCUCUUCCCGCGUUUAACCAUCGACGGCUUCUACAAGCUCAACGGACUCGUCGGGGAUUCCAUUCCCAUUUUCGGCGAGGGCGAGUUGUGGUUGAAUCUGAUCGAUUUUAAACUGGCCAUUUCGACGGUGAUCCAGUUCGACCACCUCAAGUUGAAGUUAACGUCUUUGUUUAUUAAUAUUAAGUUGAGGAAGCUGGAGAAUCACUUUGACAAUUUUAUGCACGACGAGGAAAUCGGGGAGCUAUUUAAUAAGGCAAUUUCGAAAAUGGCACCGGAAGCUAUCGAUCUGUUGUGGCCCGAUAUUAAGAAACCGAUCGAGGAACAAGUCAAGAAUUAUGUAAACAGUGUGUUCGACAAUGCAACUAUAUCAAGUCUCGCCAGAAGACUGUUCAAUGUUAAGUGACUAUGAAGCAGAAUUCCUUUAGUUGUAGCCUAAUGUAGUAUUAAUACACGAGAAUGAUUUAUUUUUAUUA